AUGGAAUACCCUCAACACAAAGCCUCUCAAGCAUGUGGCGCUUGCAAGAAACAAAAACGAAAAUGCGACAAACUGCUGCCCCAAUGCGGCCGGUGCCUCCGCAUCAGCCGCCCCUGCGACUAUGCUGAUACACCAAAGCCACCUUCGACUGCGGCCGAUCUCGAAAGCCUUCAGGCAAGGUUGACCGAGCUGGAACAUCGGCUAAGCGGCGCUUCUGAACCGGACUCUCUGUCUGCUACAGGCAGCGUUUCGAGAUCAAGUAGUCUUGCCACUGAAUCUAGUACUCCCAGUCGAGGACCCAACAGCUUUCCGUCAGCAUUGUUCUUGGACAUUGACUGCUACAAAUGGUCCCAUAUGCAACUUCCGAGCCCAGCUGCCAGCAUUCCCAUGGAUAUACUCAGUAUUCUCAACCAGGGAAAUAGUAUAUUGGAAACAUCUACACUCUUCUUCGAUACGAUCCAUCAGUGGAUGCCAAUCAUCUCGAAAAAGCGACUAGAACUUGGCAUUUCGCUGAAGGAUGGUAGGCCAGAAAUUGCGCUGCUUUUCCUCACUAUGAAGCUAAACACCUCCCCUCCACCGGCCGGAAACAAGUUCGAUCCAAUUUACUCAGCUGCUAAGAGUUUCAUGGUGACCCUGGAAGCCAGUGGAGUGGUGUCACUCAUUUCCCUGCAGGCCAUGACUUUGAUGGCCGUGUACGAAUACAGUCACUCCAUCUACCCUGCGGCCUGGAUGACCGUGGGAGCAUGUGCUCGACUCGCCGAGCUUCUUGGUGUUUCACCUGGUAAGGAUUCGAUGAAAAUCAUGAGUCCCGCUGUAAGUCUGGAAAUUGUCAAGAAUGGUACAGGAAAGAUAUUCACAGAGUAUUUACAACAGACGACCUGGACGGAAUUGGAGGAGAAAAGACGGGUGUGGUGGGCCAUAUAUGUCUUGGAUCGCAUUAUUUCCCUAGGCAGCCGGAGGAGGUUCUGCCUCCCCGAUCCUGCGGAUACGGAUGUCAUUCCUGUAGAUGAUGAUGCAUGGGAUUUGGGUGAUGUAGCCCAUAUAGUACAUUAUCCAGUUACAACGCCCCUUUCCACCCCAGUCUCUCCCUUCUCUCGCCUAUGCCAGUCGGCCAUCUUCAUUAGCCGUGCCGCCAUAUGUCGCAGCGAUUCGCAGACAGAGGUUGCACACCACAUUGCCGCUGUUGCUAGUCUUACCGAGGACUUAAACACCUUCAGCUUUAUUCUUGCUGAAGAAAUGACGCCUUUAUCCCCCACCAGAUAUCUCCGACUACUUGCCCCGCAGUGCCUUACGUGGUCGGCUCUCUUUCUGCUACUCGAUAACUAUUGCUGCCCGGAGAAACUUAGCGAUGAACCAGGUUAUAUUUUAUCCGCUGACGUUAAAGGUCAAGACGAAGUUGUCACCCAGGUCCAGGCUACGCUGGUAGUGCGGAAUAUCAGCGACCGGGCGCACGGAUUAACUGCCAACCUCAUGAAUAUUGUAUCUCAUCUGCCAUGUAACGAUCAACUAGGGACUAUAAGCCCGUUCCUUUUGGAUGCGCUGUACUGCGUCAUGGUGACUUUCCAAUGGAUCUUUCGCGAAGGCGGUGACGAGCAAGCCAAAGCCCGACUAGCUGAUAUAGAGGCUUGUAUGGGAAGGUUGAGUGAGCGGUGGAUGUUGGCGGCGGAAUACCUUGCUCUCAGUGGAAUCUACCGUCAGGCAGGAAACACCUAA